AUGGUCACCCUGUGCAACCUCCUGUUCAAUGCGAAGUCAAAAAUGAAUUCAGACCAGCUUGCUCAGGACUUUUCCAGCUGGAUCCUGAAAAUCUCCAAAGACAGGAAUGCAAAAAUCCUUCUGGACACCUCCACCACUGUUUUCACUUUCGCCUUAUUCAAUGUCUACAGCGAAACUUAUAAAGUGUACAAAUGCCUGGGUAUCAUCCUCCUACCGUCGCACGGACUUGCACAGGGCCGCGGCUCGGGCGCGCCCGUGUUCCCGUCCCUCGGCACCAUCGCGUCCCUCCGGGCGCUGCCGGACACGCAGGGCUCACCCUGCUCCGGGGGAAAGAGCGCCCAAUCGCUCUCUGCCUCCUCCCAAUCGCCCCCAUUCCCACCCCACAUCUUCCCCAUCCUCUCUUCCUCCUCCCAAGCCCCCUCUUCCCCGCAGAACCGCCCGCUGGUGUCUCACCGGAGACGAGGAGGAGGAGAAGGAGAAGGCAAAGGAGAAGGAGGAAGCUCUGUCCCCCGCGGCCCGCCCGGCUCUCGUUCUCCAGUAGUGCCCGCAACUUUCUCUUUAUCUGCCGACCCUUCUGAAGCUCAGGAACUUAAUCUCAGGAAGAAGAUGAAAGAAAAUGUUGCUGAAGAACAUUUAUAUUUGGCUUUUUCUCAUCAGUACAGAGAUAGUAUCUUUCCUCUUCAUACAUCUAUCUCACUGUUUUUGCUAUCCUACUGUGACUGCAAGUUAUUUAAAGUUUUCUUAGUGCCGACUGGCGAAGACGUGGGUGAUCAGUGUGUGACAAAAAACCUCGCCGGCGAUCUUGAGGUCCAUUUAAUCUCCAGGUGUCAGCUUCCAGUGGUUGUGCAGAGCUGCAGUUUACCUGCUGUUGUCGUGAAAGAUGACAAAUUCUGCCGAGCUGGGCUUUCUGUCGUCUUAAGACAUAUAAUACAAAAAACAUUUGAGGCAGAUCCAUCUAAAAAGGAUGUUUUGGCACUCUUGGGCUUUAAGAAGACCUGCUUAAAAGCCUGUGCUGAAGUUAGCCAGUGGACCAGGCUGUGUGAGAUCAGCAUACCUCUGGCUGUUGAAAGAUUUUUAACGGCCUCUCCUGAGCACUGCCAGGCUAUUCCUCCUGACAUUUUGCUGUUUGAAAGGAAGCUUGGAGAACCUGUCCGAGUACAUAAUGAUGACAAAAUUCGAAGGCAGAAACUUCAGCAGCAGAAGGCAGGCACCAAGACUGGAGUGCCUGUGCUUGGUGAAGAAGCAGCAGAGGAGUUAAAACCAGGGGAAGUCCCUGAACAUCCACCCUCAAGUUUGGAACUGAGUGUAGCUUUCUCUAAACUGCUUGCUCAGGAAGCACCAGAUGCAAUCAACAGGGAGGCCCCUCACAUCAGGAGAACAAAAACCUCUGACCUUCCGCUCCUGGACCAUGUUUUUGCAGAAGGACUUUAUUUUACUGUUGCAGAUCUAGUGCUUUUGCCAUGCAUCCAUCAGUUCUUGGUUUCCAGCAAGAAACAAGGCAAAAAUCUGGUAAACUUGCCACUGAUAUCCAGUUGGUAUCGAAGAGUUCAAGAAGUACCUGGAGUAAAGAAAGCUGCUGGCAAAUGCAACAUGGCGCUUCUCCAGCUUCCAGAGUUGACAUCUGCUCCCGAGGAACAGCUGCAUGACUCUGCUUCAGUUCCUGAUGAGUUAGAAGAGGAUAAUGAAGACAGUCAUUUUAUAGGUGGUCCAAGGCCAACCAUGACUAAGUUAAUGGAAAAUGGGAUUGAAGCAAAGUUUUCUCCUCAUCCAUGCCCCAACUGGACCCUAGACUGGACCAGUCUUCCCUCUGCAGUCAGUCCUGGGGAAGGUGAGUGUUUGUAUGUCUGUUUGUGUAUUUAACAGGGUCUCCUUCUG